AUGACAACCCAUAACAAAUUUGGUUUUUUUAUUGCUCCAGCUCACGACAUAGCUGAAAGAACUCAACAAUCCAUUGAUAAUGAUAAUGCAGAUCAAGAGGAUACAGAAUAUCUACCAUAUCCUGAUGAUAACUUUGAAGAAAUUGUUGAUGAUCGUUUUCAACGAAAUGACAAGUUUACUAUCGAACAUAUAUAUCGUCGUACUGGACAAGCAUUUGUUCCUAAUGUUCCAGUUGAUGUCAAAUCAAUUGUGGCUGAAUUUAGUAAUGAUUGUUCUGCAGCAUUAAUUGAUCCACAUUUAACUCAAGAUGAAAACAAUGAAUAUCCAUUUUUUCCAAAAAGAAAUCAUCAAGAAGGACUUGUUAAUGAUUCUAAUAUUGAAGAAUAUUCUAAUAUUCUUGUCGAUUAUCUCAAUAAAGUUCUUAAACAUCCGAAAUUUCGUGCACAUCCAGCUAUGCGUGAAUUUUUCGAAGUAAGUUGUCUAUCGUUCAUUCAUGGUUUAUCAGUCAGUCGAAAAGAAGGUCAUCUGUUAAAACAAUCUGAUGAUCGUUGUUCUGGUCAGCAUACUCUCUUUUCAUCAUUUUUUUGUGAUUCAUGUGAAUGUCACCAUGGUCUCAAAUGGUUUGUUAUUAAAGAUAGUUAUAUAGUUAAUAUACGACCAGAUACACAUGAAGUACGGUUUCCUAUGUUAGUUGAUCGUGGUUUUCAAGUUUUAACUGGUAUUGAUAAUGCUGGUAGUGAUGAUGGUAUUAAAGUAAGCAAUUUACAACAAACAUUUGUUGGUAGAUGUCCAACAGCACGUGAUCGUGAUAAAUGGAUAGAAAAUUUAUCAAAUUUAACAGAACAAGCAAAAGAUUUUGUUAGUGCAACAGGAUGUCGAUUUAAUUCAUACGUACCUAUUCGAGAAAAUCAAUUAGCUUAUUGGUUUAUUAAUGGUAAAUCAUAUAUGCAAGCCGUUGCUAAAGCACUUUUGACAGCUAAAGAAGAAGUGUUUAUUACUGAUUGGUGGCUUUCACCUGAAGUUAUGUUGAUAAGACCAACAGAUGAUGAAACAUUUCGACUCGAUAAUAUAUUAGGAAGAAUAGCGGAUGCAGGAGUUCGUGUUUAUGUGAUGAUUUAUAAAGAAAUUCCAUAUGCUGUAUCUUUAAAUAGUUUAUAUACAGAAAAAAAAUUACUUUCGAAAAGUACAAAAGGAUUUAUUAAAGUUAUUCGACAUCCAGAUCUUAAUAUUAAGGAUAGAGUAAUUUUGUGGUCUCAUCAUGAAAAAAUGGUUAUUAUUGAUCAAAAGAUUGCCUUCGUUGGUGGAAUUGAUUUAUGUUAUGGUCGGUGGGAUGAUGAAUAUAUGCGUCUUGUUGAUUUGGGCGAUGAAAAUGACACAACAUUAAAAUCUUCAUCUGAAAUAGCUGCAGAAAAUGUAGCGUCGGGUAACAUAGAAACAGUAGAAGCAGCACAAAUAACUACUACACAAAUGGCCGAAGAAGCUGGUGAAAUACCGAUUAAGAGUUCUAAAUUUCUGAGAUCAGCAUUCGCUCCUCUAAAUGAAAUAAAUGAAGAAGUUGUGCUUCCUGAUUCAACUGACGAAAAUGAAGAAGCAUUCGAUAUCAAAUCAACAGUUAAAGAUUAUCAUCUUUCACAAAACAAUGACGAUGCUGAUAAUAACGAGAUUCUUGAAGAACAACAAUCACUUACUCCAUCAACACUUGAAAUUGACAGGAAAAAUCGAUAUUUUAUUGGAAAAGAUUAUUCAAAUGCAUAUAAAAAAGAUGUGACAAAUCUCGAAGACUAUAGUACAGAUUAUAUUGAUCGAAAAUCAAUACCUCGUAUGCCGUGGCAUGAUGAAGCAAUGGUUGUAUUUGGUCAAACAGCUCGAGAUACUGCAAGACAUUUUAUUCAACGAUGGAAUAUUCAUAAACAUCAAAAAUAUCCAGAAAAUGAUUUCUAUCCAUUUCUACUACCUAAGUCAUAUGAUGAUACCGAAGACUUGACUGUUGAAAACUGGCAAGAUUUUCUUGAAAGUGAACCAUUUCGGGUAAAUGCUCAGUGUGUUCGAUCAGUUGGACCAUGGUCAGCAAAAACAAAAUCAAUGGAAUUAUCGAUUCAAAAUGCUUAUAUACAAAUGAUUGAUGCUGCUAAACAUUUUAUAUAUAUUGAAAAUCAGUUCUUCAUUACUAUUGCUCAAGAUGAAGUAGUUCGAAACAAAUUAAGUGAAGUGCUUUUUCAACGUAUAAAACGUGCAUAUAAAAACGAUGAAAAAUUUCGUGUUUAUAUUCUUCUUCCUCUUUUGCCUGGUUUUGAUAACAUGAAGGCUGUACAAGCUGUACUUUAUUUUAUUAUGCGUUCGAUUAUUAAGGGUGAUAAUUCAUUAUUUAAACGACUUGAAAAAGCAGGUAUUACACCAAGUGAUUAUAUUAGUUGUUUUGGUAUGCGCAAUCAUGAUAUCCUAAUGGGUCGUCUAGUAACUGAAAUAAUAUAUGUUCAUUCAAAAUUAAUGAUCAUUGAUGAUCGUAUGGCUAUAUGCGGUAGUGCAAAUAUCAAUGAUCGUUCAUUAGUUGGUAAUCGUGAUAGUGAAUUUUGUAUUGUAAUAGAUGAUGUUGAAGAAGAAGAUAGUCAAUUUAAUGGACAACCAGUUCGUGUAGGAAAAUUUUGUUCUAGUUGGCGUAAAAAGAUCUUUGAGAUGCUAUUAGGUAUUCAAUUCGAGAACCCAAAUAAUAUUGAUGUAACUGAUCCAGUAUCAGACGAGUUUUAUUGUUAUUUUCAAAAUGUAGCAAAACAAAAUACACUUAUUUACGAAGAAGUUUUUGCUACAAUGCCAACUGAUCAUGCUAGAACAUUUGCUCAAGUGACUGCAUAUAAUGAUAUGGCUAAGCUGAAAGAUACUGAUCCCAUAGAAGCACAAGAAAAAUUGAAAGGCAUUCAAGGUUUUGUAGUCGAAUAUCCACUUUAUUUUCUUGAUGAAGAAAACUAUUUACCUGAUUGGACAUCACGUGAAGGGAAAAACACUGUUAUAACUGGUAAUGGUAAACGGCCAGUGCCAGAAACAGUGGGUACUUCUCUUAGUCAAUUAAAUUUUGAUUAUGGAAGUUAUAGUCCUACUUUCGAGAAGAAACUGAUCGAAGAAAAUCGUCAAGAUGGAUACUGGAUUGAACCUUUUCAAGUAGACAAUCAAAGUCCUAUUGGAUUGGUAGCAUAUGGACUUGCUAGUGGAGACAUACAUCUUUACCAAAAUCUAUCCACAACUAAAGAACCAGGACAGACUAUUCUUAUUCAAAAACUAAAUGGUCCUGUAGCCAUGGAUCAAGCUGAUAUAACAGGCAAUGGUAUUAAUGACAUUAUUAUCUGCUAUCAAUACGGUAAUACAAUGCUAGACACUGAUCCUGAAGGAGGAAAGAUUGUUUGGUUAGAAAAUCCUGGACAGAAUAUCGUUAAUAACCUAUGGGAAAUGCACUAUGUUGGAAAAUCUACAGCUAUGCAUAGACUUAAAGUUGGUCAUUUUACACAAACCAAACGUUGGGAAAUAAUAGGUUUACCUAUUGUCAGUAAACCAUAUGAUUUACUCUCAGCAGUACCUGUACUGUUAUUUCGACAACCUGAUAACGUAUUGAAUGCUACAGAAUGGCCUUUCGAAAUAAUUAAUGAGAAUUUUUUUCAUCUAAUUCAUGAUGCAAAACGGCUCAAUGAUGGUCAACUAGAUAAUCUUCUUAUUGCAUCAAGCGAAGGUAUUAAUCGGCUUUAUUUUAGUAAAAAUUUAAAACAGUGGAUGAUUGAGAAAAUUGGAGAAGGUGAACAAGAACAAAAACAACAAACAACUUACUAUGGUAGUGGUGGUAUUGAUGUAGGACGAGUCGGAAACGAUCCUUUGGCUUAUAUGGCUGCAAUCGAACCGUUUCAUGGAAACGUCAUUGCGAUCUACAUCAAGAACACGAACAAUGUUUUGACACAGUUUCAAUGGAAAAGAUAUGUAUUGGAUAUUUAUGGAUAUCCGAACGAAAAUGGCGAAGGUACAGCUCAUCAUAUUGUGUGUGCUGACUUUGACAAUGAUGGAGAUGACGAAUUCUUAGUUGCACUUCGUGGACCAUCUCCGAAUCAAGGUGUCUAUUUUUAUAAGUCGAUCGAUCUCUCUCGUGGUUUAUUUAAUAAAUGGAAAGUUAGCGGUGACUCGGCUGCUAGAAUUGCUGUUGCUGACUAUGACAACGACAAACUUCUUGACUUUGCAACCAUUAGUUACAAUGUUCCCGGUUAUUACAGAUCAGAGAAUCCUUCUAUUAACGUUUUUUACAAUCGAUUCACUCAGAACAAGCCGCAAGCUGAAAAGGAAAUGCAGGUGAUGAAGCAAAAUAAUGAUCUUCUAUUCAAAGUUCCAAGACCAAACGAAGCAUCACAAUAUCAAGAGCUACCAUUUAUUACAAUAGAUGGGAUACGUUUGUCAUUAGCAAUUGUACCACCUCAUAGUUCGCGUCAAGUGGACAACAAUACAUAUAUCAAGGUUCUUUCUGGAAUUAUAAUUUGGACUGAUUCCUCGAACCAAUCAUAUGAGCCCGCCAACUAUUCUCGUACAAUUUUCUGUGAACCAAGAACUGUUGCACCUCUUAAGAUACACAGUGAUAAUAGAAGAAUAAGAACUGAAAGUGAAGGUGCUCUUUUGAUUAUAUUUAAAACACGUAAUGACACUAAUCCUAUUCAUCAAGUCGGAGAUAUGAAAAAUAUGAUCAUUGAGAACUCAUUACCGGAAUACUGUCCUGAAGAAACUCGUCAACUUGACUUUGAAUUUAUCAGAUAUGAUCAAUAUGACUCAAGAGCACAAUUCAAAAAUCUCGAGUUUUACACUCUGAAAGGUUUUGGAAUAAACUUUGCUGAUAACAAUGAACAUCUGUGCUACAUGCAAUUAUGGGCUGCUGGACAAGGUGUUAAUGCUGGUGUACAUAAUCAUGCGAAGGAUAGAUUCUGCGAAAUUCAUAUAUCCAUUAUUAAUGGAAGUGAAGAAGGCGGUAUACACUAUCUCAGAAGUUCCGAAGAAAAUUACGAUCCACUUACUACACCAGACUCAGCAUUCGAAAAGUUACCAAUGCCACCUUUUUAUGAACAGGGUCCUCUAUGGGAUAUCGAUGCACAAAACAAACCAGUUUUACGAAAUGAUGGUACUGUAGUUUAUCCUUGGCACAAAUGGCAAUCUGGCAUAAAUAGAUUAUUCAAUCAAUCAUUCGAUGUUUGGCUAGUUGUUGCAUUCAACAGUGAACUGUCAACAUUACCGGCUUCUAAUGAAUCAAAUAAAACAUUCGUACCAAAUGUGACACUUUGUCGUUUAUCAUCAAGUCAUCGUAUAAUUUUUCGAGAAAUUAAAUUAGAUGUUAGUCACAUAUAUUCAAAACAUAAAGCAAUUUUAUGGUCAGAUUUUGCUCUAUAUACAACUUCAGUUGAUAUAUUACAUUCGAGAAAACAUUGGGUAAAACAGGAUAUGAAUACUUCACAAAAUGAAAUAACAAGUAAAGAUGCAGAAUAUUUAACUGAAAUGUUAAAUACAAAUAAUACAUAG